CGACCGCGGCCAUGACGCAGGGUCCGGGCGGGCGCACGCCCCCCGCACCCCCUGCGCCCCCGGAGCCCGAGGCGCCCACCACCUUCUGCGCGCUGCUGCCGCGCAUGCCGCAGUGGAAGUUCGCCGCCCCCGCGGGCUUCCUGGGCCGGGGCCCGGCUGCACCGCGCACAACCGGGGGCGCGGGGGCCGCCGACUCCCAGCCCGAGCCGGCCGGCCCGGCUGGCGUCCCAGCGCUGGCGGCGGCGGUCCUGGGCGCCUGCGAGCCGCGCUGCGCCGCGCCUUGCCCGCUGCCCGCGCUCAGCCGCUGCCGGGCCUCUGGGGCCCGGGGACCGCGGGGCGCGCGGGGGGUGGCCGGGCCCCCGGACGCCGCCGCCGACGAGUGGAUCCGCAAAGGCAGCUUCAUCCACAAGCCGGCGCACGGCUGGUUACACCCAGACGCCAGGGUCCUGGGGCCCGGGGUCUCCUACAUCGUGCGGUACAUGGGCUGCAUUGAAGUCCUCCGCUCCAUGCGCUCCCUGGAUUUUAACACCCGCACCCAGGUGACCAGGGAAGCCAUCAACCGGCUUCAUGAGGCAGUGCCUGGUGUCCGGGGCUCCUGGAAGAAGAAGGCCCCCAACAAAGCGCUGGCCUCCAUCCUGGGCAAGAGCAACCUGCGCUUUGCGGGCAUGAGUAUCGCUGUGAGCAUCUCCACCGAUGGUCUCAACCUCUCUGUGCCCGCCACACGCCAGAUCAUUGCCAACCACCACAUGCAGUCCAUCUCCUUCGCGUCAGGUGGCGACACGGACAUGACGGAUUAUGUGGCCUAUGUAGCCAAGGAUCCCAUCAACCAGAGAGCCUGCCACAUCCUGGAGUGCUGUGAGGGCCUCGCCCAGAGCAUCAUCAGCACCGUGGGCCAAGCCUUCGAGCUGCGCUUCAAACAGUACCUGCACAGCCCCCCCAGGGUGGUUGUGCCCCCAGAAAGGCUGACCAGGCCAGAGCAGUCGGCCUGGGGGGACGAGGAGGAAACGGAACACAAUUACUACAACAGCAUCCCAGGGAAGGAGCCGCCCCUGGGUGGGCUGGUGGACUCCAGGCUCACCCUAACUCAGCCCUGUGCCCUCGGGGCCCUCGGAGCCCUCGGCCAGGGGCUGUCUCCUGCUCGAAGGGACGCGCACAGCCUGCCGUGGGACCUGGGCCCCUCAGGUACCGGCCCACCAGGGGACGGUUACAUGCAGGCCGAUGCCAGGGGCCCUGGCGACUAUGAGGACCACCUGUACGUCAACACACAGGGUCUGGAAGCCCCAGAGGCCCUGCAGCCAGAGGACAGUCCCAAGAAGGAUCUGUUUGACAUGCGACCCUUCGAGGAUGCUCUCAAGCUGCACGAGUGCUCUGUGGGGACGGGCACGGCGGCAGCGCCCCUUCCCUUGGAAGACCAGUGGCCCAGCCCCCCGACCCGCCGGGCCCCCAUCGCCCCCACGGAGGAGCAGCUGCGGCAGGAGCCCUGGUACCACGGCCAGAUGAGCCGAAGGGCGGCGGAGAAGCUGCUUCGAGCCGACGGGGACUUCCUGGUGCGCGACAGCGUCACCAACCCUGGGCAGUACGUCCUCACGGGCAUGCACGCGGGGCAGCCCAAGCACCUGCUGCUCGUGGACCCCGAGGGCGUGGUGCGGACCAAGGAUGUGCUCUUUGAGAGCAUCAGCCAUCUGAUCGACUACCACCUGCAGAACGGGCAGCCCAUCGUGGCUGCCGAAAGCGAGCUGCAUCUGCGCGGUGUGGUCAAACGUGAGCCCUGAGCCAGGUGAUGGUUCUCAGCUCCCGCUCUGCAGAUGCUCCCUGUCGUGGCCUUACGGGCUCCUCAGCCUGUCUCUGGACCCUGGUCAGGCUGGAGCUGCUGCUGUCUCUCCUUCCUCCGGCUGGGCCUCUAGAUCUUCCUUCUCCAGCCGGCCCUGGGCUGGGCCAGUGAGGCCAAGAGAUGGGGGCCAAGACCCUUUAAUCCCACCGACCCCUGCCUGCCUCCACCCUCUGCCUGGGGUGAGGGUGUCCAUACCAAAGACAGAACUUUUCUCACCUUUAAAGAAAAUAUAUUACAGAAACCCAGUCCUCUCUCUCCGAGCCCUGGCCAGGGUCCCCACCGGGUUCAGGAGGCACCAUCUCUCUCCCCAGAGGGACUUCAGCUCACCUCUCUGGAAAGAUGGAUUCCUGUCCUUGACAGCUCAGUUUCUCCACCUGAAAAAUCAGUGCACAGUUGUCUUUUAUGGGGAAGAAUUGAGGUGUUUGGGGUCCUCAGGCCAGGACACCUGUGGAUGUUGAAGUGUAGGGGGGAACCUCAGGGCUCAGCUGGGACAGUGGGGGGCAUCCAGGCAGCACCCGGACAACCUGCCCUGGUGGGGGGUGGCCACGAGGGCCCUGCCCUCCCAGCUGUCCACCUGUACUGGACAUUUGGGGUCUGUUUGUAAUUACACAUGGGGAUGAUGGUGAGGAAGCCAGCCUACCUGACACUGAGCGGCCCUUGGGCUGGGAGGCCAAGGCCAGUCUCCCAGGUGGAAAGCCAAGGCACACGUGAGUCCUCCUGCAGCUGGAGGGUGUGGGGAAUGGAGAGGAGGGUGCAGGCCUGGAGGUGUGUCCCUGUGGGGGAGCACUGUCCCAGCACCACCCUCACACUUCUAUUUCCACCCCCAGAAAAAGCACCCCACUCCUCUAUUAGACACAGCCCUGUCCUCUCCUGGGAAACACUCUAGUUUAUCUCCUAUAUGCUGUAGACCCCUGUCUUUCAGGAUGCCCUGAAUAUCUGGCAGACAGUUCUUUGUUUCUCCUCUUGACUGCUCCUAACUUAGCCCUGAGUGUGGCCUGACUUCUCAGGUGUCCCCACUCCAGUCUCCCCAGGAGCUCCUGCUUAUCCCCAGUGCCUCUCCACACCUUCCCUCCCAGAGACCUCAUCUCUCCCUGGGAGCCCUCCUCUGACUAUCCUGAAGAGGCCUCCCUGACCCUCACCACACCCUGCCAGGGCCACACCUGUGCCUAGGGUCUGGCUCAUCAGCAGGCCCCACCCCCAUGCUCUGGGGGAGCCUGGUGAGGGUGUGGGGAGCAACGGCCACUCUGUCUGUAACUGGGGCGGGGGAGGGAGAAGCUAUCAAAAGGCAGAGCCAGAGGGGACUCUGAUGCCUUGUUUCUUACGUUAGAGGGGCCAGUCUGUCCAUCCAUCUACCCACCCAUCAUCUACUCACCCAUCCAUCCAUUAUUCAUUCCAUUCAUUGGUCCAUCCACCCGUCCCCCGAUCCUGGUAUCCUUUAGUAUGCCUGCGUUGGGCUCCCCUUAUCUGCCAGGACCUCUGGUGGGUAAUGAGGAUGCAGCAGUAACCAAGACCGAUCGGUCCUCAUGGAAUCGAUAGUCGAGUGACAUCAAGCAGCAAAUCACCGCUAAGUGUGUAAUGACAAUGUGAACUUAGCCCAGGAAAUCCAGGAGGGUGGGAAUGACACAGGGGAUAUGGUCUGGAGGAUGAGAGCCCCAGGGGAAGAGUUCUAGGCAGGAGUGAUAGCAUGUGCAAAGGCCCCGUGGUGUGUAGCUCGCAGCACAUUCAGAGACCAGAAGGAUGACCUGUGUGGCUGGUGGUGAGAUCAGAGGGGUGGUGGAGUGGAGGACAUGGCUGGGGGGAAGCUUGGAGCCAGGGAGAGCUGCUGGGGAGCUGUGAAGCACAGAAAUGAUAGGAUUCCCAAGUGGGAAGUACACUGUUGGGGACAAGAGAGGAAUGGGGGGCAGUUGGGAGAAUUCACUGGGUUCUGGACUAGGGGAAUCUCCAAAAGUAUCCGAUUUCAGAGACUUGUAGGCUAGAGAGGGGCCCUAAUGCACUUUGUCCAUUCAUUCGGUCCCCUGUGCCCUCCUUCAAAGCCUCUAUAUCUAGCACACCUGCUGAAGCAUGUGCUAAGAACGGCACCGGCUGUGGGUGCUCAGAUUCUCCCCACUUUACAGAAGGGGGAGCAGAGGCUCAGAGGGUGAGGUGGCAGAGCUGGGAUUCCCACCCCAUCACCUCCCCUGUCCUGCUCUCUGAGCUGGGAACACCAGGUCUGGGGUGCCCAUGCAGUGAUGGGGGCCACGAGCCCGGCUGCCGCUGGUGCCCCACACUUGUCUCCUGCCCCCAUCUACCCUCAAUUAUUUGGUCGACAAAUGCUCCUUGGGCCAGCCUUGUCCUCAGGGAGCCUUGGGGUGGGAGGCAGGCACCAUGUAGCCUUGGACUGCUUGCUUCCUUUCCCUGAAUUGGGCUACUCGCCUGUGCCUCAGUUUCCCUGUCUGUAAACUGAGGACUGUGGCCCUCCUCCACAGUGGGUUAACCUGUGCCUUGUUGGGCUGAGGUCUCUCCUGGGAGCUUUGGACAGGCCUUCCGGUCCCUCUUCCAGGGGAGGAGACAGAGCUCAGAGAAGCUGUUGGCCAGAGCUACAUGGGUGUAAGGAGGCUUCUCAGGACUGGAGCUUUUUUCUUUGAGCUUCCUGGAGGACCUGUCUGCGGGUGGCUGCAGGGGGCGGUCUGGCUCCUGGCAAGCACCCUGUCCCUCUUCUCUCCCACAAGUUUAGGUCCCUGGGGGGUGGGAGUUGAGGACCAAGGCCAUGCAGCAUGAGGUGGUGUGACUCAGGGUGGGAGGGGCUGGUUAAUACCACCUGGGCCCCUUUCCCAGCCUCCGCAUCUCUGAUCUCAGGAAGGCUGCAGCUUGGGGUGUGGGGGGAGUCCUGGGGAUCUGCCACACCACACCAAUCAGCCUCAGGGCUCUGCAGAGGAAGUAGGUUUUGUGGACUGGGUGAGGUUCCCGUUUAGGGACCACAAGGCUAACUAACCAGCUGGAAGGGCCCGCCUCCUGGACCCCGCACCUCCGAAGGCAGAUGUUUGGGACCUAUCCCGAGGUUCCUUGUCUCUCUGGGCCUUGGUUUCCCCAGCCCCCGAAGGUGAUGGGGUGGGGGUCCAGGGGAGGGGCUUCAGCUGAGCUGGCUGUGGUGAGGAUCAGGUUCUGGGGUCCCUUUCGAGGCCGGGCCAGCCCCCUUUCUCACCAGUAGCAGCGUCCAAGAAAUGAUGACCAGAGCUCCCAUCACAGUGUUCUAGGCCCUUUUGUAAGCCCUCUGCAUGUCAUCACCAGUUCAUCCUCACCCUGAGGCUGUGGUGCCGGGGCAGUCUUUAUGCCUGCAAACUGCCCCGGGGAUAGAGGCAGAGGUCUGGACACCUGCCAGCAAUCACACCACAGGAAGCAUCAGUGUCAGGCUUCCAGCCCCAACAGAGCACCUCCAGAUGAGAGUCCCCAGUUACUCAGCACGGGAAUCAGCACAGAACAAGCUCAAGGCCUCCUCCCUCAACCCAACUGGGAGGAGACCCUGCCCCAACUGGGUAAGGGGGAGUGGGCAGUGAAGCCCCCGGUACCCAGGCCGGCUUAUCAUCAGAAAACCCCCCACAGACCUGACUCAGAAACUUCCCCUUUGUGAGCACCACUCUCACUCUCCCUGUCUGUGCGAUGGAGGAAGGUGGCUUGUGGCUUCCGAGGUGCCCCCUCCUGACCGCUGCAGGACCGAGCGCUAUUCUAGGACUCAUGCUUUUUACUGUGGUGCUAGUUCAUCCAUUUGUCUGGCAGGUAUUUAUUAAAGUGUCCCCCCAGUGUCUUGGGGUCACAGCAGGGAUAAGGCUGCCUUCCUGCCUUCCUCCCAGCAGCUCCAGGCCCGACAGGGGCAGUGGACAUCAACCAAAUAUUUGCUCUGGGGCAUUCUUCACCAUAGCUAAGGUUGGGGUUCAGUGGGCAUGGUUAGGCUGUGAUGACCAGCCCGCCCAGGCUGGCUGGCAGGGCAGGCUUCCUGGAGGUAGAGGUGAACUGAAGUAUUCACUGGCAUCUUCUUCCCCUGUUGGACUUUGUGGCCAUGCCAGUGUUCUGCCCAGCACAAAAAGGGGCUCAGUGUUUGCUAAGAGAGCAAAGCUGAGACAGACCUUUUGGGGAAGUCAUGGGCCUUUCAGAGCCUUGCUUUUUGCAUCUGGACAAUGGAAUUCCAAACCCCACUUCACUCCAAGGGAGUUCUGCCCUGCUCCCACUUGCCCCUCUGCACCCCUUCUGCUGAUGACCCAGCGGUCACAGCAGACCAGCCCCCCAUCCUAGCUGGGGCCGCAAUGAGGAACACAGGAGGCUCCUGGACCAUCAUAAUUUAAUAAAGUCCAGGCUUUGGGUUAGUCCUGGCAAUCCACUAACUUGCUGGCUUCUCACAGACCAAGACUGGACCAGGGACUGGUUGGCCUUAGGGUCCAGAAGGGGACAUGGAGUUGGGAGGGAAGGCAAGGGGUGAGGAAGCAGAAGUUGAGGCAGGCAGAGCUCAAGGCAAGAGCAGGUGGCAUCCAGGGGACCCUGUGGUUUCAGGAGCUGCCAGGCCUGGGGCUGCGGCCUGGUCCCGCCCCUCAUCAGUCUCUGAACUGUGAACAGCAUGGUGGGGGUGCUCGCCCCUCUCCCUUCGGAUCACGUUUUCCUGCUACACGAUUGUCACGGGAGCCACAAACCGACACUUACAAUGUACCUGUGUACCUGUCCACUGGCGUCCCUGGCACUGGGAAUCAUCAGAAGGCUGGGCGCGGCGUCCACCAGCUGCUCAAUAAACAUCUGUUCUCGAAA